CUGCCUGCCACCACUGCCUGUGUACUGUGCUUGUUGCUGCUUCAGUGGUGCCUCAUUCUCUGUGAGGGGCAGUUCUGCUUCUUCUGUUGCAGAAGAAUUCUUCUCCACUCCAGCCUCCAGUCCAGGACAGGAAACUAUGGGACUUGGUUUGUUUUUCCCUUACAACGUGCAUCACAAGUUGGCUUGUGAUCCAGAAGCCCUAAAUUGAGUCCUCAUCUGAAGAGGCCUCUUACUUUCAGAAGCCAGAAAAGCCAAUUUGCAUCCUCAGAGUCUUGGAUCCUGGUCAACUAUCGAAUAUCAAAGAUUAUCCAGGGGCUAUCUUGACGAAAGAAAGAAAGAAAGAAAGAUGCAUUCAGCACUGGGUUUAUCUUUCAUGCUAAUUGCGGUUUCCUCCAAUUUUGCUAUGGCAAUCAAAAAGGAAAAAAGAGUUCCCCAGACGCUAUCAAGAGGAUGGGGUGAUGAUAUAACUUGGGUACAAACUUAUGAAGAAGGCCUCUAUCAAGCAAAGAAAAGUAAUAAGCCACUGAUGGUCAUUCAUCAUCUAGAGGAUUGCCAGUACUGUAAAGCACUAAAGGAGGUUUUUGCCAAAAACCAAGAAAUAAACGAAAUGUGUCAGAACAACUUCAUCAUGCUCAAUCUCAUGCAUGAAACAACCGACAAGAACCUGUCACCUGAUGGACAAUAUGUGCCUCGAAUCAUGUUUGUAGAUCCUUCUCUCACUGUGAGAGCUGAUAUCACUGGAAGAUACUCUAACCGACUCUAUACUUAUGAGCCCCAAGACCUGCCACUGUUAAUAGAGAACAUGAAGAAAGCACUACGUCUCGUUCAGACUGAACUGUAAAAUGGUUGUUGAAAGAUCAUUGUGAACUUCAGGAGAUGAAACACUACAACAAAAUCCUCAGAUUUUGGAAUAUAUUCUUAUUACCUUUCACUGUCAGGAGAUAUUUUCCAAUGCUCAAGGAAGAAACAGAAAAUUUUGAUGCAGUUUUGCCAUGGUGGCUCAUAUUCAUCAAAGUAGAACUUCCUUUCUUUGAUGUUUAGAAUUCUAUUGCGCAUUAUUGACAACAGGCUAAAAAGGCAAAUGAAAUCAAGGAAUUUUUUUCAAUGAAAUGGUGGAACUGAGGGCAGGGAGUUGAAUCACUAUGAAAUUAAGUUCAGUUCCACUUCAGUUUCAACAGUGCUUUUUAAUUCUUCCUUUCAGUUCCAGUUCAGACACUUACUUUUCAAAAAUGGUUCAGUAACUGGUUCAGACAUGCUGAACCAGUUCUGAAUCACCAGUCAUUAUUCAGAAUGGGUGCCUGUGGAGCUAUUAUUCUUUUAAAAAUAAACCUGCAGGUCCCAGUCAGGUGAUCUGCAUAUAAUCUAGGAUCCUGACAUAUGAUUUAUUUUUUAUUUUUUAAAAUAGCUGUUCCUGGCCUUCUCAGGUCAAUGUGGAUGUUGGGCACUGAGAGUCUAGUAAUGACCCCAGCCGCCCCCAAGCACCCACCCCCCAUGCAAUGUGAAUCAAUAACAUUCUACCGCACCGUUAUGUUCUCCCUUUUUGUAAUGUUGUUCCAUACUCAGUCUGUAUCUCAGUCUUCAACUGCCUUGCCUAGUCAUUGGACAAGGCAGUGUUCUGCCUCCUGUAGUCCAUCAAGCUGAACACUUGAUUACAGGACAGCUUUGGACCAGAGAAGAGAUUCUCAACUUUGAGCCCCCAGAUGUUGCUGCAAUAUAACUCCCAUCAUUCCUAGUCACAAUGGCCUUCGUUGAUGGAGUUGGAUCCUAACAACACCUGACGACCCAAGGUUAGCAAUACCUGUACCAGAAAAAACAAUAGCCCCCCCCCCGGUCCCUCUCUAUUCCUACUUGUUUGUAUCCUGCUUGUUGUACAUGGAAAACUGCCACAUACACGCACCCAGAUUCACAGGCCCAGUAUCACAUUAUGUUUCAAUAUGUUCACUCACUUCAUUGCCUACUAUGAUGUUACCAGAGCAAUAUUUGGGAUUUUGUCGUGUUGUGUGUUCAACUCAUUUUCAGAAGCCAGUCGAUUCUGGGCUUUAUUACAAGAACAAGCAGUAGUAGCAUGUUAGAAUUUAGGGUCUGAAUGGUACAAGUCACCAUUUGUAAUGUUUCACAUUAUCUAAUUGAAAUGCAUAAGUAUAACAGAAUGGGCAUUCUAAAAUAUUGUUUAGGACACAUAUGCAUUACAAUAAUAAAGGUAGUACUUUGUUACUAAUUCUGUAAUGCUAUACAGAAAAGGGCUUUGGUAUAGCGCUAUCAUAGUGGUGUAACAGAAAACUAUGUUUGCAAGAAUGGUGUGUAUGCAUAACAAAAUAUCCAUGUUUUAGUUACUUUGCAAGUUAUUGAUUCUAUUGUUCUUGCAAACACCAAAAAAAGUUUGUAUUGGGUCUGAAAUUAUUAAGAAAUUAAAAAAAAAAAAAACCUGCAAUCCCUUCA